AUGUCAUCUUGCAAUUUGUACGAUUUCCCUGAUCUUAGAAAUGCAUCCAGUUUGGAUGAUUUGGACCUCUCAAACAAUCAUUUGCGAGGGGAUAUUCCAAGUUGGAUUUGGGAAACUGAAAAGGACUCUUUGGACCUUUCUUUCAAUCUACUGACAGGCGGGAAGGUUCCUAAGUCUCUGGGAAAUUGUAAGAAGUUAGAGGUGAUGAAUGUUAGAAAUAACAACUUCAAAGAUAUUUUUCCUUGCAUGUUGUCGUUGAGCUUGCGCAUACUUCUGUUGGAGCUGUUGCGCUCCAACAGAUUCCAAGGAGACUUGAGAUGUAGUAAAAGUUGGCCGAAUGUUCAAAUUCUGGAUAUAUCUUCAAAUAAUUUCAGUGGUCGUUUGAACUUGCUAAACGUCUCAAGUUUGAGAGGAAUGAUGCUUGAGAGUUCUACACAUGUCAGGCUCAACCACUCUAACUCUAACUAUUUACCUACCAAUAGUUACUACCACAAUGAGGUGAAUAUAACCGUCAAAGGGAUUGAGGUGAAGAUUGUGAAAAUUUGGCCUGACUUUACAUGCAUUGAUUUGUCUUCCAAUUAUUUUGAAGGAGAUAUACCAGAUGAAAUUGGUAAUCUUAGCUCACUCUAUCUUCUCAACUUAUCUCACAACUCUCUCACUGAUACAAUCCCAAGAUCAUUGGGCGCCUUGACUGAGCUUGGGUCGCUCGACCUCUCUUCAAACAAGCUCACCGGAAGAAUACCAGACGAUCUCACGAAACUCGAUUUCCUAUCAUUCUUAAAUCUGUCUUACAAUCAUCUCACUGGACCGAUCCCAACCAGUAGCCACUUUCAAACGUUUUCAGCAAAUUCAUUUGAAGGAAACGCGGGGUUAUCUGGUUUCCACUCAACGGAAGUUUCAACAACCAUCAUCCACCUAGUCCAUUGCCAUCAGACGAUUCGGGACCAAAAGAUGAGGAAAUUGAGUGGGAAUAUAUGUUUGUUGCUUCUGGUUAUGUUGUGGGAAUAG